AUGUCCGGUGAGUUGUCCAGUACAUCUUUAGGUAAGCUGAAGGCGUUAAAUCCCUCUGUGGACGCCGAAGGCUUACUAAGAGUAGGUGGUCCACUAGAGAAUGCGGACAUUAGUUAUGACCGAAAACAUCCAAUUAUUUUACCAAAGGCCAAUUUGGCCAUUGACAUUUUCAUUCGAUCAGAGCAUGAACGUUUGCUACAUGCUGGUACCCAGACUACUUUAGCAAAUAUCAGAUUAAAAUACUGGCCUAUAGAUGGUCGCAACACUGUCAAGUGCAUAAUACACAAAUGUGUAAAGUGUGCUCGGUUUAGGGCUACUUGUGCAGAGCAGCUAAUGGGAAUUUUGCCAAAAGACCGGGUCACUGCUUACAGGCCAUUUCAGAUUGUAGGAGUGGAUUUUGCAGGGCCAGUGUUAUUAAGAGCUAGUCGAUUGAGGAAGGUACCUCGCAUUAAGGCCUAUAUAUCCCUGUUUGUUUGUAUGGCCACUAAGGCCAUUCAUAUUGAGUUAGUGUCUGGAUUGUCAACAGACGCCUUUUUAUCGGCCUUACGUCGUUUUAUAGCAAGACGUGGGUGCUGUUCAGUCAUCCACAGCGACAACGGGAGAAACUUUGUAGGCGCAAAGUCUGAAUUGCGGCAAUUAGCUACAUUAUUUCAGUCUGAUAAGUCAAGAGGGGAAUUAUACACUUAA